UGUUCUCCUUCUCCCUCCUGCUUCUCUAGUCGUCUUUCUUCUUUAGUGCCAACAAUGUUGCUCUACUCUGUCUAAUGUGGCUAGUUUGUUCAAAGAAUGACUGACAUUAGAGAUGGCGACGAUGAAUUCCAGUUUCUACGAAUGGGAGAUGAGGUGGUUUUGCAGAGUACCUUCACCUCCCAGGAGGAACAUGUGAAACUAUGUCUUGCUGCCGAGGGAUUUGGCAGCAGACUUUGCAGGCUUGAGCCCACCUCUAACUGCAAGAAUGUUCCACCCGACUUGUCUGUAUGUGGCUUUGUCCUGGCCCAGUGUCUCUCUGUUCGAGCUCUGCAGGAGAAGUUGGCCCACAGUGAGCACCUGGCUGCAGAGGUGGGAUCUGGAGGAAGCCAUCGCACCCUUCUAUAUGGCCAGGCAGUGUUGUUCCUACACUCGUACAGUGGCAUGUAUCUCAGCUGCUUGUCUUCAUCUCAGUCUUCAACUGACAAGCUGGCUUUUGAUGUUGGUCUGCAAGAGGAUAAAGCAGGUGAAGCAUGUUGGUGGACUGUCCACCCAGCAUCCAGACAGAGGUCAGAUGGUGAGAAAGUGCGUGUUGGAGAUGACCUCAUACUGGUCAAUGUGUCAUCAGAGAGAUAUCUGCACUUGUCCUUUGGCACUGUAUUUGACAACAAAAGCUUAAGUGACGGCCUGAUUGUUAAUGCAGCCUUCCAGCAGACUCUCUGGAGGGUUGCUCCCAUUUGCUCUGGAGGUGGAGUUGCUCAAGGAUACCUGAAGGGGGACGAUACAUUGCGGCUUCUCCACAGCCAUAGUGACGCAUGUCUGACUAUUCCGUCCACAGAGCAGGGAGAGGAACUGCAAAGGAUCAUGCAUUAUGAGAUUGGAUCAGUCUCCAGCCAUGCCCGCUCUCUCUGGAGGCUAGAGAUUCUGCGUGUUGUUUGGAGUGGUAGGCAUACAUGCUGGGGGCAGCCUUUCCGCCUCUGCCAUGUGACUACUGGAAGGUACCUGGGUCUUACAGAGGAGAAAGGCCUGCAUCUGGUUGAUCGGGACAAGGCUGACAUCAACACAACCUCGUUCUGCUUUAAGUCGUCGAAGGAGAAGCUUGACACUGGCACAAAGACUAAUGCCGAUGGCAUGGGAAGCCCAGAGAUCAAGUAUGGAGACUCCAUUUGUUAUGUUCAGCAUGUAGACUCUGGGCUCUGGCUCACCUACCAAGCUGUUGAUGCCCAAUCUACACGCAUGGGAGGGGCUCAGCGAAAGGCCAUUUUGCACAGUGAAGGUCAUAUGGACGAUGGGCUGACGCUGUCUCGUUCUCAAAGGGAGGAAUCUCACACUGCCAGACUUAUCUGGAGUGCUACUCUUCUCUUCACUCGUUUUAUCAGGAAACUGGAUGGUUUUAGUCAACAAGGAAACCUCACAUCUGUCAGCCUGCCAAUGGAUAUAGUGACAUGUAGUCUGCAGGAUCUAAUAAACUAUUUCCAGCCUCCGCCAGAAGGGCUAGGCCGUGAAGCUAAACAGAACAACAUGACAGCACUAAAGAAUCGGCAGAAUAUGUUUCAAGAAGAGGGUGUGUUAGAUUUGGUCCUAGAUUGUAUUGACCGUCUACACCAAUAUAGUAGUGGCUCUCAUUUUGCUGAGGCUGCUCAGAGUGACACAGAAGAAGAGUGGGAGACCAUCCUCAACCGUUUCUAUGAGCUACUGGCUGCUCUGAUCAGGGGAAACCGUGUGAACUGUGCACAUUUCUCAGGUUCUCUAGACUGGCUGAUUAGCAGGCUAGACCGUCUGGAGGCUUCUUGUGGAGUCUUGGAGGUGCUGCACUGUGUCUUAGUGGAAAGUCCUGAAGCGCUCAAUGUCAUCAAAGAAGGACACAUUCAUUCAAUCAUCUCUUUUCUAGACAAGCAUGGAUGCAACCACAAGGUGCUGGAGGUGCUGUGCUCUCUGUGUGUGUGUCAUGGUGUAGCUGUGCGUUCUAAUCAGAACCUCAUUUGUGACAACCUGCUGCCAGACAGAGACUUGCUGCUCCAAACACGUCUUGCUAAUCAGGUCACCAGCGUGAGACCAAACAUCUUUUUGGCUUUUGGGGAAGAUUCAGCCCAGCAUCGGAGGUGGUACUACGAGCUGGUUGUGGACCAUGUCGACGCUUUUCUCACAUCCGAGCCUACACACCUGCGUGUUGGCUGGGCUCGCACUGAGGGCUACCAGCCCAGGCCCACAGGAGGUGACGGCUGGGGGUGCAACGGGGUGGGAGACGACCUCUGCUCGUACGGCUUUGAUGGGCUUCACCUUUGGUCGGGCUGUGUGGGGCGCCGAGUGAGCUCUCCUUUCCCUCACCUGCUGAAAGAUGACGAUGUGGUCAGCUGCUGUCUUGAUCUCAGUGCUCCCUGCAUCUCCUUCCGGGUCAAUGGUCUACCUGUGCAGGGCAUGUUGGAGAACUUUACUGCUGAUGGACUUCUUUAUCCUGUGGUCAGCUUUUCUGCUGGAGUCAAGGUUCGUUUUCUGUUUGGGGGACGGCAUGGAGAGUUUCGCUUCUUGCCACCACCAGGUUUUGCUCCAUGCUCUGAUGCUCUGCUCCCGAGAGUCAAGCUGAAGUUAGAACCAUGUCAGAAAUACAUCUUGGAUCAUGGAGAGGGAAAACAAGAACUCAUUGGCCCCUCAGUACCUGCCACUCCAGUGACCUUUACUCCCACACCAAUAGACAUCAGCAAGGUAGUAUUACCCCCACAACUUCAGGAUAUCCAAGAAAAAAUGGCUGAGAAUAUCCAUGAACUUUGGGCAAUGGACAAGAUUGAUCUUGGAUGGACACAUAGACCUGUGAGGGAUGAAGUUAAGAGGCAUGAUCCCUGUCUUGUGGAGUUCUCCAAGCUAUCGGAGCAGGAGAGGAACCAGAACCUUCAGAUGGCUCAGGACACUCUCAGGACUCUCCUUGCCUUUGGUUUCCACAUUGGUCUGACUGAUGACCAUGCUGAGGGGAAAGUCAAAUACAUGAGACUACCCACCAAGUAUGAGCAGCCCAGUGGCUAUAGACCUGCCCCAGUAGACAUGAGCCAGGUUUUUCUGAGCCCAGCCCAUGAUGAAGUGGUUAACCUGCUGGCAGAGAAUGAUCACAAUGUAUGGGCCAGAGAGCGCAUCAAGCAGGGAUGGACCUAUGGAGCCCAACAGGAUGUGAAAGCGAAGCGGAGCCCGUACCUCGUGCCCUACAGCCUUCUUGAUGAAAAGAGUAGGAAACUGGGAAGGGAGAGUGUUACAGAGGCUGUCUGUACCCUGCUGGCCUACGGUUACAGCCUGGAGCCUCUCAACCAGGAACGGACCACAUUAUCAAAUCCAUGUCUCUUCUCUGCUGAGAAGUGCAGAGUGUUCAGACCAGAUAAAUCAUACGCUGUGACCCAGGGGAAGUGGUACUUUGAAUUUGAAAUAGUGACAGCCGGGAAUAUGAGAGUGGGCUGGGCUCGACCAGGCUGUACUCCAGAUAAAGAGCUUGGCUCAGAUAACCAGGCAUAUGUCUUCGAUGGAUUUGAGGCUCAGUGGUACCAUCAGGGCGUUGAGCCCCUGGGACGUACGUGGCAGAGAGGUGAUGUGGUGGGUUGCUUGGUGGACAUGGCUGAAUGCACCAUGAUGGUCACACUCAAUGGAGAGGUGCUGUUUAAUGACAGAGGAUCAGAGCUGGCUGCCAUGGACUUUGAUAUCAGAGACGGCCUGUUGCCUGUAGUCAGUGUUGGGUUGAACCAGGUGGGGAUACUGAACCUGGGCCGCCAUGUUGGCUCUCUGCAGUACUUUACUGUGUGUGGCCUGCAGGAGGGCUAUGAACCAUUUGCUGUCCACAUGGCCAGAGACCCAGCCCUGUGGAUGAGCAGGAAACAGCCUCAGUUUUCCUCCAUAAUGCCUGAUGAUCAUAACUUUCAGGUCACUAGAGUCAGCGGCUCAAAUGAUUCCUUAUCCAGCCUAAGGGUUUCUCAGCGAUUGUUUGCACACCAUGGUGGAGGCAGUGAGAUGGGCUUUUACCGACUCAGCAUGUCCAUCCAAUGUGCUGCCAUCCUCACUAGCCCUGCGGGGGGCGUGCCUCCAGUGGCCUCCAACUCUCUCUCUCCAGGAAGGAAAGAGCAGGAGGAGGUGGACUCUGACUUUGAAGUGCUGAUGAAGUCAGCCCAUGGCUUUGCUGGCUCAAGAGAUGAGCUCAACCAUAAGGAUCAUAGUCACGACAAAACAUCAAGGUUGAAACAACGGUUCAUGCUGAAGAGGACAAAACCAGACCUAGUCAGCAAUAACUCUUCUGCACGGCUUCUAGAAGAUGUCGUAGUUGACAAAGAUAACUAUGAUCACCUUAUCCAGAGCUCCAGAUAUUACUACUCAGUGAGGGUUCUUCCAGGCCAGGAGCCUUUCAAUGUGUGGGUAGGCUGGGUGACCUCUGACUUUCAUCAACACGACAUGACUUUUGACACUGACAAUGUCCUCACUGUGACUGUUACCAUCGGAGAUGACAGUGGCAAAGUCCAGGAAAGUGUGAAGCGAUGUGACUGUUACAUGGUGUGUGCUGGAGAGGCAACAGGCUUGUCUCAGAGCCGAAGAAGUGCAGGGUUGGAAAUUGGCUGUUUAAUUGAUACAGCCACUGGGCUUCUAACCUUUACCUCCAGUGGAGUGGAGAUGGCCAACUUCUACCAAGUGGAAGCCAGUACAAAGCUGUUUCCUGCUGUUUUUGUCAAGCCCACCACAAGCAACAUGUUUCAGUUUGAACUAGGACACAUCAAGAAUGUGAUGCCACUGUCAGCAGGUUUGCUUCGCAGCCAAAGAAGGAAUGCAACUCCUCAGUGUCCUCCAAGGUUUCAGGUCCAGCAUCUCAAACCGGUAUCGUGGACCAGAGUACCAGGCCGCGCGUUAAAGGUGAUGGUGGAUCAGCCAGAUGAGCGUCACGGCUGGGGAGUCCAAUGCUAUGAGCCCCUGCAAGUCUUGACCCUUCAGAUCCCUGAUGAAAACAGGUCUGUUGACAUUUUGGAGCUGUCGGAACUUGAUGACCUCUUGACCUUUCACCACCACACUCUCCUCCUCUACUGCUCUUUAUGUGCCUUUGGAAACACCAGAGUUUGCCACGUCCUCUGCAGUCACAUAGACCAAUCACAGGUCCUUCAUGCCAUUCAGAAUCCCCACCUCCCGGGCCCACUCCGCUCUGCAUUUUAUCAGCUGCUUAUUCAGGUUCACCUCAGCAGCCACACCACAGCAUGUCACAUGAUGAACAACGAAUACAUUGUGCCUAUGACUGACCAGACCAGAGAAAUCACCCUUUAUCCCAGCCCUGCUACUGGUUUUAUUGGGGGGAAUGGUCAACCUCCAGAAGGCAUUUCCAGCACUAGUCUCAGCACAUCCCUUAAAAAAAAGAAAAAAUUUUCCUUUUUUUUUUUUGUGGGAAGAGAGGGGGGGGGGGGGGAAAAAAGGAGAUGUGGGGUGUGAAAUUGUUUACACAAACAACAAAAAACCUUUUUUUAUAUAGAAGAAAGGAGGGGAGUGGGGGGUGGGGGGGGGUUAUGGGCUGUGGGUCAGGGUGUGAGGGAUCCUGUAGGAGGCAGUAUUGAGCUUCUGCUGGUUCCUCUAAUUAGACUGUUCUACACCCUACUGGUUAUGGGGGUAUUUGGGGAUGAGGAAGUGGGAAAAGUUCUGAGACUGAUAGAGCCGGCAGUCUUCUCCGGAGAUACCGAAACCCUUGAGGAGCAAGAGAUAGAAGAGGCUGGUGAUGAUGAAAAACAAUGGAAAGGGGGCAACAAAAAAGAUGAAAACCCUAAACAAGGACUUCUUCAAAUGAAGCUUCCAGAAGCUGUCAAACUUGAGCUCUGCCACCUGCUCUCCUACAUGUGUGAUUGCCAGGUGCGCCACAGGGUAGAAGCUGUGGUUGCCUUCUCUGACAACUUUGUGGCUCAGCUGCAGGAGAACCAGUGCUUUCGCUACAACCAGGUCAUGCAAGCACUCAACAUGUCUGCUGCCCUCACUGCCCGCAAGACCAAGGAGUUCCGCUCACCUCCACAGGAGCAGAUCAACAUGCUGCUGAGCUUCAGAGAGGAAGAGCAGCAGAAGAACUGUCCAUGUCCAGUAGAAAUCCAACUACUCCUGCAAGACUUCCAUCACCUCCUCAACACACACUGUGGCAUUGAAUUGAACAGUGACACAGAGGAUGAAGAGGAUGCUGAGAGGUCUCUAAAGGAUCGACUUCUCAGUCUAGCAGCGAGAGUCAUUGGACUGAAGAAGACACCCGUAGAAGUGGAGGGGAGUAGAGCACGGAGUGUCAAGUCCCUCAAAACGCUGAUCUCUGAAACAAUGGUGCAUUGGGCUCAAGAGACUGAGAUGGAGGACCCUGAACUGGUUAGGGCUGUCUUCUCAUUGCUGCACCGCCAGUAUCAGGGCCUUGAGGGCCAAAUGGCAGGACCCCUUUGCAAAGCCUAUACGAUCAGCCAGGCAUCGGUAGAAGACACCAUGGCUCUCUUGUCCUCCCUGAGCCAAAUCCGCUCCCUCCUCAGUGUCCGCAUGGGGAAAGAGGAGGAGAGGCUGAUGAUCAGAAGACUAGGGGACAUCAUGAAUAAUAAAAUUUUCUACCAACACCCCAACCUAAUGAGGGCAUUGGGAAUGCAUGAGACUGUGAUGGAGGUGAUGGUCAAUGUUCUUGGAGAAGGGGAAUCAAAGAUUACCUUUCCCAAGAUGGUGGCCAGCUGCUGUCGAUUCUUAUGUUAUUUUUGCCGCAUCAGCCGUCAUAAUCAGGGAGCCCUUUUUGACCAUCUCAGCUACCUGCUGGAAAACAGCAGUGUUGGACUAGCUUCACCAUCCAUGCGUGGGGCCACUCCUCUGGAUGUAGCGGCAGCCUCUGUUAUGGAUAAUAAUGAACUGGCCUUAGUGCUGAGGGAACCUGACCUAGAGAAGGUGGUUCAGUACCUUGCUGGCUGUGGUCUCCAGAGCUGUCCGAUGCUGGUGGCUAAAGGCUAUCCUGAUAUCGGAUGGAACCCUGUGGAGGGCGAGCGUUACCUGGAUUUUCUACGUUUUGCUGUCUUCUGCAAUGGUGAGAGUGUCGAGGAAAAUGCUUACGUGGUGUUGAGGUUGCUAAUACGUCGGCCUGAGUGUUUUGGCCCUGCCCUGCGAGGUGAUGGGGGAAAUGGCCUCCUAGCAGCAAUGGAGGAAGCCAUCAAGAUCUCAGAGGACCCUUCUAUGGAUGGACCUUGCACCACCUACCAGUCCAACAGAACACUAGAUGUUGUCCAGGACAAUGACGAUGACCUAAUUCACAUGGGGCACGCCAUCAUGACCUUCUACUCAGCUCUUAUCGACUUGCUGGGGCGUUGUGCUCCAGAGAUGCAUUUGAUUCAAGGAGGUAAAGGAGAAGCUAUCCGCAUUAGAGCCAUUCUGAGGUCGCUCAUCCCCAUUCGGGAUCUUGAGGGAGUCAUCAGCAUCUCUUUUCAAAUUCCUUCAUCUAAAGAUGGUCUGGUGGUUGAGCCUGACCUGUCUACAGUGUUCUGCCCAGACCACAAGGCAGCUAUGGUUCUGUUCCUGGACCGGGUUUAUGGCUUUGAGAACCAACAUUUUCUUCUCCACCUACUAGAAGUUGGCUUUCUGCCUGACCUUCAGGCAGCUGUCUCUCUUGACACUGCUGACUUAGGAUCCACUGAUAUGGCCCUGGCCCUCAACAGAUACUUGUGUACAUCUGUUCUUCCCCUGCUCACCAAAUGUUCAGCUCUCUUCUGUGCUUUAGAAGACCAUGCUUUGCUGGUGGAUUCUCUCAUUCAGUCAAUCUACAGCCUCUCCAGGGCUCUUAGCUUGACCAAAGCUCAGAGAGACACUAUUGAAGAUUGUUUGUUGGCUGUGUGCAGUAAACUCCAACCAUCCAAGAUGCAGCCUCUUCUUCGACGUCUUGCUUUCGAUGUUCCCCAUCUCACAGACUAUAGCAAGAUGCCACUAAAGCUCUUGAUCAGUCACUACGAGCAGAGGUGGAAGUACUACUCGCUAGCUGAAGGGCAGGGUGACCAGGGUUUGGCCUCUGAAGAGGAGCUCCACCUUUCUAGAAAGUUGUUCUGGGGUGUCUUUAAGGCCUUGCCAAAGAAGCCCUAUGAGCCUCAGUUAUUUAGGCUGUGUGUCCAGUGCAUGGCUGCAGUGGCCAAGGCCCUGCCUCCUGACCACAUGGACUCAAGCGGUGUGUCCCAUACUGAGAGAAAAGCCUCGAUGGACACAGAAGGACACUUUGACCCCAUGCCUGUAGAUACCUCCAACGUGUCAGUGCCAGAGAGACUGGAGUUUGUAGUGAACAAGUAUGCAGAGCACACUCACGAGAAGUGGUCACUGGACAAGUUUGCCAAUGGCUGGGUUCAUGGGGAGCAGCUAUGUGAGAACACCAAGGUUCACCCUCUCCUCAAGCCAUACAGGGCUCUGGCUGAGAAGGAGAAGGAGGCAUACCGCUUGGCCAUUAAAGAAACCAUAAAGAGUAUGCUGGCCUUUGGAUGGACCAUUGAGAGAACCAAAGAAGGAGACGCAUUUGGCACGCGUACCUUUACGCGCCGAGUAUCUCAGUCUGGACAGCUGUCUUUUGAAGGAGCAUCAACCUUUAGCCCCAAACCUAUGGACAUGAGCAGCAUCACCUUAUCAUGGGACCAGUAUGCAAUGGCUGAACAGUUGGCUAAAAACUACCACAAUGCUUGGGCUAAGAGGAAGAAAUUAGAACUUGAGAGUAAAGGAGGGGGUGGCCAUUCAAUGUGUGUACCCUAUGAUACCCUGACUGCCAAGGAAAAGACCAAAUUCAGAGAAAGAGCCCAGGAUGUCCUCAAGUUCCUUCAGCUCAAUGGCUACACUGUGUGGAGGGAUCGGAAGACAGUGGAGAUGGACUUUCCAGCCCUAGCCAACUGCUUUGGCUACACUCUCCUUCAGCGGCUGCUGUCUCACACCGAGGAUGCCCAAGAACACAUGUUGGAGCUGGAGAUGAUGCAGGCCAGAGGACAGAUCUCUAAAGGAGAGAGAGCUCCACACCAGACAGCAAUGAAUUUUUUUUCGAAGGUUAUCCUUCCUCUUUUGGAACAAUAUGUGAAGAGCCAUGGUCUGUAUUUCCUGUCCACUUCUCUGUGCUCUGGUGGUAGUAGAAGCCAUGCAUCAAAAAAAGAAAAGGAGAUGAUUGCAAGCCUCUUUUGUAAGCUUGCAGCUCUAGUAAGACACAGGAUCUCACUCUUUGGAAACGAUGCCUCAUCAGUUGCAAGCUGCCUCCAUGUUUUGGCUCAGGCUCUGGAUGCCAGGGUAUUGAUGAAGUCAGCCCCAGAGUCUAUCCAAGCAUCUCUGCAUUCAUUCUUUGAGGCAGCUGCAGCUGAUCUGGAGAUGACUGUGGAAAACCUUUCUGUGACCAUGGUCUGUUUGCCUCAGAGUAGGAGUCAACAGGUUAGAGGAGUGGCCAAGGUUAUCAGCUUCACAACCUCCAUUCUCCUCCCCACCCUCACAUCCCUCUUCCAGCAUCUUGGCAACCAAAACUAUGGAGUGGACCUCCUGGUGGGGACUAUCCAGGUGUCCUGUUACAGGAUCCUCAACAGCCUCUACUCUCUUGGCACCAGUAGCAGCAUCUACAUGGAGGGGCAGAGGCCAGCAGCAGGUGCCUGUCUGGCAGCCCUGACUGGGACUUUUCCUGUAUGCUUCCUGGAGCCAUCCCUAAACCAAAACAACCCUUACUCCAUUUACAACACCAUGAGUGCUUCUGAGAGAGAAGACAUGGGUCUGCCAAAUGAGGUGGAGGACAUGUGUCCCCUCCUGCCCUCUCUGGAACAGGCUCUGGGGGAAGUGGAGGAGUUGGCAGGUGCUGGUGCGGGAGCUCGCCAGUCCCACUACAUCCAUGUCACGGAGGUCACUUUGCCUAUGCUGUGCAGCUACAUGUCCCAUUGGUGCUAUUGGGGCCCUGAGGGCCAGCCAGACAGCCAAAUCUGCACUGCUGUCAUUCCCCAACAUGCAAGUGAUCUUCUUGGCCACAUGCUCCGUAUCAUCCACAACCAUGUGGGAGCUAGCCAGGGUGACUGGAUGAAACAGCUGGCAGUUUAUUCUCAGCCAAUUAUAUGCAAAGCCCGCACUGAGCUGUUAAAGAGCCACUUCCUGCCACUGAUGGAGAAGGUGAGCAAGAGGGCUGAAUGUAUGCUGCUAGAGGAGGAGCAGAUGAAAGCAGAAGGGUGUGAUACCUCCGAAGCAGAGUUGCAGAUACAGGAGAAGUUCACUGUACUUGUGCGCGACCUCUAUGCCUUCUAUCCCCUCCUCAUUCCAUUUGUGGAUUCUAAUCGAGCCAGCUGGCUAAAAGAGUCGAACCCUGACACUGAGCAGCUGUUCAGCAUGGUGGCAGAGGUCUUUAUAUUCUGGGCCAAAUCUCAUAAUUUCAAAUGGGAGGAACAGAACUUUGUGGUCCAAAAUGAAAUCAACAAUUUGGCUUUCUUGGUCAACAAUGACAAAAUGUCCAAGUUUGACCAUGAACAGAGGAGGAUGAAGAGGAAGGGGGAUCGUUAUUCUACACACACCUCUCUCAUUGUGGCUUCCAUGAAGAGACUGCUCCCUGUGGGACUCAGGGUUUGUUUUCCAAGCGACCACAGCCUUAUCAUGUUGGCGAAAAGCGGCUUUACUCAGAAGAACACUGAAGAUGAGAUUCGAGAGCAGGUUUUUAAUUGCCUUAUACAUCUUCAGAGUCAGGUGUCAAACUGUUUGAGGCAGGACAGCCUUUAUGCCGAACACCCGAGCCAGCCAUGGGCCAUUCCUGAUGCAAAAAGGACUGUAGACAGGAUUCUGGACAUAGCUCGAGUCCUUUAUUACCUGGACCAGGUGGAACACCCGCAGAGAAGUAAAAAACCUGCAUGGCACAAGGUCUUAUCCAAACAGAGGAAACGAGCGGUGGUGGCCUGCCUAAGGAUGGCUCCGCUCUACAACUUACCCAGGCACAGAGCUGUCAACCUGUUCCUCCAAGGCUACAAUACAUCCUGGAUAUCAGCUGAGGACCACAGCUUUGAGGAGAAGCUUGUGGAGGAUUUGGCUAGCGGAGGAGUGAUGGAGCUGUGUGGAGGUGUCAGAGAGGAAGAAAAGAAGGUGGAAGAAGGGGCCCAACCAAUCGAUCCCCUCCUACAACUCAUUUCACUCUUCAGUCGAAGCGCCCUGAUGGAAAUGAGUAAGCUUGGAAAUGACGGUCUCUAUACGUCCUACGCUGCUAUUAUGGCCAAGAGCUGCCACAGAGAGGAUGGCGAUGAUGAUGAAGAACAGGAGGUGGAAAGCUUUGAAGAGAAGGAGAUGAAGAAACAGAAGUUAGUGUACCAGCAGGCCAGGCUGCAUCGUCGUGGAGCUUCUGAGAUGGUCCUGCAAACCAUCAGUGCCAGCAAAGGUGCCAUGGGCUCCAUGAUUGCUCCUACAUUGAAGCUGGGUAUUGCUGUUCUCAAUGGAGGGAAUGCCACUGUUCAACAGAAAAUGCUGGAUUAUCUGAAAGAGAAGCAAGACGUUUGCUUCUUUCAGAGCAUGGCAGGACUCAUGCGGUCAUGUAGUGUUCUUGAUCUGAAUGCAUUUGAGAGGCAAAACAAAGCAGAAGGAUUAGGCAUGGCCAUGGACGAGAGCUCAGGAGAGAAGGUGAUGCCUGACAAAGACAUAACUUGUGACCUAUUUCGUUUUCUACAGCUGCUCUGUGAAGGACACAACUCAGAUUUCCAGAAUUACUUGAGAACACAAACAGGCAACAACACCACUGUCAACAUCAUAAUAACCACUGUGGACUAUUUACUGAGAGUACAGGAGUCAAUCAGUGACUUCUACUGGUACUACUCAGGGAAGGAAGUCAUUGAUGUAAAUGGACAACAGAACUUCUCCAAGGCCAUAAAAGUGGCCAAACAGGUCUUCAACACACUCACUGAGUACAUACAGGGCCCAUGUACUGGGAACCAACAGAGUCUAGCUCACAGUCGUCUGUGGGACGCUGUAGUGGGAUUCCUCCAUGUCUUUGCCCACAUGCAGAUGAAGCUCUCGCAGGAUUCAAGGCAAAUUGAGCUUCUGAAGGAGCUUAUGGAUUUACAAAAGGACAUGGUUGUUUUUUUGCUUUCCAUGUUAGAAGGUACUGUCGUUAAUGGAACUAUUGGAAAGCAGAUGGUGGAUAUGUUAGUGGAAUCAUCAGGCAAUGUGGAGAUGAUCCUCAAGUUUUUUGACAUGUUUCUCAAACUUAAAGACCUCACCUCCUCAGAUGCCUUUAGAGAGUACGACCCUGAUCGUAAGGGCUGCAUCUCUAGGAAGGACUUCCAGAAAGCCAUGGAGAUUUGCAAGCGUUUUUCCCAAGCCGAGAUUCAGUUCCUCCUCUCCUGUGUUAAGACCGACGAUAGUGAAAUUGUGGAUUUUGAGGCCUUUGUGGAUCGCUUCCAUGAGCCAGCCAAAGACAUCAGCUUCAGCAUUGCUGUUCUCCUCACCAAUUUGUCCGAACACAUGCCCAACGAUUUAAGACUUAGGACAUUCUUGGAACUGGCAGAGUGUGUCUUGACUUACUUCCAGCCCUACCUAGGACGUAUUGAGAUCCUAGGCAGUGGGAAGCGCAUUGAACGUGUCUAUUUUGAGAUCAGUGAAUCCAGCCGCACACAAUGGGAGAAGCCUCAGGUCAAAGAGUCCAAGAGGCAGUUUGUUUUUGAUGUGGUCAAUGAGGGUGGAGAAAAGGAGAAAAUGGAGAUGUUUGUCAAUUUCUGUGAGGAUACCAUCUUUGAGAUGCAACUAGCAGCCAAGAUAUCUGGCUCUGCCACUGGAGAGAGGUAUGCUGACAAAGGGGGAGAGGAAAAGAGAAAGUGUGAAGAAGAAGCUCUGAACAACAAAGGAGUGUUUUUCAUGUAUCAUUGGUUGUUAUUGCUGAUAUCUCUACUUUCUGUCAAAAACCUUAAGACAUUGAUGAAGAUGACCCUGAAGGAUAUCCUCAUGUCGGCCGUGUUCUUCCUCGCAUUCAUUUUUAUGGCUCAGGUCCGGUGUAUUUGUGUUGUUAUUCGCAGCAUCUUAUACAUGCUUUACAUAGUCUUUGUUAGUGGUGGGCUCAUAGAGGGAGCCAAAAUGAUGAGUAUAUCGGACUUGCUCAGUGGUAUCCUUGAGCCAACUCUUGACGAGGUCAUGGAGGUGCCAAGUGGUGUGGAUCGGCUGAAGAAGUACUCUGCCAGUUUCUCUUCCAAGAGAGAAUUGAUGGAGUUUGGGCAUGUGGCAGCUGGGACCUCCCCCAGGGAGGUGGAUGUACUGUCAGACAUAUUCGGCCUCAAAGUGAAGAAGGAGGAAGGUCAAUACCGAGUUAUAACACAAGACCUUGCCGCUAGUCUGACUGACCUGUUCAACACAACCUCCAAAACAAUUUCCAUCGCUGAUUUAUCUGAGAAGCAUCAGGAGACGCAACUUAAGGCCACCACCGCCACAGGGGGAAAAACAGAAGAUGAGACAAUGCCUGAAUUAAUGGACGCAAAAGGGAAGGAAUCUGAGAAGAAAACUGCAAAAGAGAAAGCAGAGGCAGAAUGGAAAGCCAAGACAUGCUCUAAUAAGUCAGAGGAACCAGAGAGCCAAAACUCUGUCUUCUGGGAGAUGAUAAGCACUCAUAACAAGAGCCUGCUGAAUUACUUUGCAAGGAAUUUUUAUAAUAUGCGCUUACUGGCUCUGUUUGUCGCCUUUGCAAUCAACUUCAUCCUCCUCUUCUACAAGGUAGCAUCCUUGCCUGCAUCACAAGAAGAGGAAGGAGUGGUCACGUCUGGUAACAGUGAGGAUCUGGACUCUGCUGCUGACGACGACAAACAGGGCAGAGAUUAUUUUGUGCUGGAGGAGAGCAGUGGAUACAUGGAGCCGUCGCUCCGAUUCCUGGCUGUAGCUCACACAGUCAUCUCCUUCUGUUGUAUUAUCGGGUACUACUGCCUCAAGUUACCAUUGGUGAUCUUUAAACGUGAGAAGGAAGUGGCAAGAAGGCUGGAGUUUGACGGGCUGUAUGUCACAGAGCAGCCCGCUGAGGAGGACAUCAAAGGGCAAUGGGACCGACUGGUCAUUAACGCACCAUCAUUUCCAAGUAAUUAUUGGGAUAAAUUUGUGAAGAAGAAGGUGAUGGAUAAGUAUGGUGACUUUUAUGGCUGUGAGAAGAUAAGUAAACUCCUAGGUUUGGACCAAGCUGCAUUAGACUUCAGCUCUGAGAGAAAAGAAAGGAGGAGGCUUAAAAGAGAGACUGCCUGGAGUGCUCUAUUCAACUGCAUUGACAUGAAGUACCAGGUCUGGAAACUAGGAGUUGUGUGCACUGACAAUUCCUUCUUGUACCUAGCCUGGUACAUGGCCAUGUCGAUUCUGGGUCAUUAUAACAACUUCUUCUUUGCUGCCCACCUUUUGGACAUAGCCAUGGGCUUUAAGACACUUCGUACGAUUCUUUCGUCUGUCACACACAAUGGGAAACAUUUGGUCCUUACGGUGGGCCUGUUGGCGGUUGUGGUGUAUCUCUACACUGUUGUGGCCUUCAACUUCUUCAGGAAGUUUUACAACAAGAGUGACGACAAGGACACCAGAGACAUGAAGUGCAAUGACAUGCUUACUUGCUACAUGUUCCACAUGUAUGUGGGAGUGCGUGCAGGCGGGGGCAUUGGUGAUGAGAUCGAUGACCCUGCUGGAGAUGAGUUUGAGGUGGAACGCAUCGUCUUCGACAUCACAUUUUUCUUCUUUGUCAUUGUCAUCCUCCUAGCCAUCAUCCAGGGCUUGAUAAUUGAUGCCUUUGGGGAACUUCGUGACCAGCAGGAGCAGGUGAAAGAGGAUAUGGAGACCAAAUGUUUUAUAUGUGGAAUAGGAAGUGAAUACUUUGAUAAGGUCCCUCAUGGCUUUGAGAUUCACACUCUACAGGAGCACAACUUGGCCAACUACCUAUUUUUUCUGAUGUACCUUAUCAACAAGGAUGAAACUGAACACACGGGGCAGGAGUCCUAUGUGUGGAAAAUGUACCAGGAGCGUUGCUGGGAAUUCUUCCCUGUGGGAGACUGUUUCCGUAAGCAAUACGAGGAUCAACUGGGAUGAAAGGAAAUCUGAGAGAUCUAAAGCCUUCCUAGAUAAUGGCAUCACACUGAAGCUAUCUUGAUUGAUGCCCUUGCACUCACUAAAUUACCUUGGAAUUGUGUGUGUGCACUAUUGUUUUUCCCACAAAGUAUAUGUCCUUUAUAUUUAUGCACAUCAGUAUUUCUAAAUUAUAAUGAUUAAAUUCUUUGGAAACUUAAGAAUGAAGACCACUUGUUUAUGUUCAGAAAUGAAUGUGCUGCUUGUUUUGGAAGUCUCAUUUCUUAGUCUCAUUUCUUAAGUCCACAACAAAAGUAUUGUACGGAAGCGUAUUACAUUCACCAUAGAAAAAAACAUAUAGACACCUUAUCUCGUAAUAUUGAGAAAAUAACUAAUAAUUUUGAGAAAAGGUCUCGUACUUACGAGAUCCUGAUCUCAUAAUUUUGAGAAAAGAUCUCGUAAUUUUGAGAACAGAUCUCGUAAUUAUGAGUUCCACAGAUCUUGUAAUUAUGAGAUCAUUUUAAACACCUGGAAGGCAGCAUAUCCAGUUGUCAGUAGGCCACGGCUCAGUGAUCAACUACCGAGAGGUAACAUUAAAUUCAGUUGGGUUAAGUUAGCGUGAUACUACUAGAUAUGCCGCCUUCCUGGUGUUUAAAAUUAUCUCAAUUACGAGAUCUGUUCUCAAAAUUACGAGAUCUGUGGAACUCAUAAUUACAAGAUCUGUUCUCAAAAUUAUGAGUUAUUUUCUCAAUAUUACGAGAUAAGGUGUCUACUUUUAUUUUCUAUGGUGAAUGUAAUGCACUUCCGUAGUAUUGAGAGUAAUGUGACAGUUUACUGUUUUCUACAUAAUUUUCUCAAGCAGUGAAAGCCAGCAAAGACGGCACUUCAAAGCUCAUGUUUUGUGAAUGAAGAUUUGUCUUUCUAAUCACAGCAUCCCAACUCUUUCCCUGUGUGACAUGCAGAUAAUCACUCUCCCUUUGGCAUUUGUUCUUUUUACCCUACUCUUCCCUCUUUCUUCACACUUUCUCUUCUUGUCUGUUGUGUUCCUCUCUAGGAUCCUUCUCCUCUUGUCCUUGCUUCUUUUUUUUUUCCUUCCUUCAGCUUUUCUCUCAUCCCUCAGCUUCAGCUCUUUUUCCAUUCUCUUUAUCAGCCAUAGCAUGCAAGCAGGUGUCCCAGUGCUCAGGUCAAAAUAUUGCCAUGGAAGUGGAUCACUGAGCUUAAUGACGCAAUUGACUGCUGUCUCCGAAAAAAAAUCUUUGGGUAAUCCCCGUGUAUAACUCAUUCACUAAAGGAGUGUGCAUUUAUGCACAGAGCAUAACAGCAGGAUGACUGGCAUGGGAGGGCCACCUAUAGAUAUUUUCCUCAUCACGCAAAGGUUGAGCGCUGGGCUUAUACAAAGUCUAUCCCUGAAAUGUAUUCAUGUUGCUUUUAAGUUAUGACUUGUAAGCAUGGUUAUAACUCAUUGGAGCACCAGAAAAACAGGUGAAAGAUAAGGAACGCUUCCUUUUUUUCUGAGAAAUGGAAAAGUUGUGGAUAAUAUUCUUUGCAAACAGAAAAUCAUAGUAAGCAAUAUGGCUAAUGCAAUAAUUAAAAGCAGACUUUAUAGAAUAUAAAAUGUCCUUCUGUCUGAAUUAGUAAAAUUUGGGGCACUUGCUUACUACUCUUUUCUCAUUUAAAGAGCUAUAGUGGUAUACAUUGUCACCAUGAAGACAGCCAUGUUUUGAUUAAAUUGUUAAUCUACAAUGUGUAAGAGACAUCACUGAUGUAAGAGAUGAUUCAAAGGCCCUGAAAACAUAUUCUCUCAAUUGGCUUCUUGCUGAAUGAUGGGGUCCUAAAUUAACUUUUCUGCCAACAUUUGAACAGUUUUGAUUAUUCCACAUACUGUCUGUGUUUUGUCUUUAGGCCGGUUACACAAUGCAAGCGAAAGUCUAGGUUUUGACAUCAAUGUAGAUAUAAAUGUAAUACAAAAUUUCAGAG